UCAGCGUCAAGCCACCAAAGAUGCGGGAAAAAUUGCCGGCUUGACCGUGGAAAGAAUCAUUAAUGAGCCCACAGCCGCAGCCCUGGCUUAUGGUUUAGAUAAAGCAGAAAAAGAACAGACUAUCCUGGUUUAUGACUUGGGAGGAGGAACUUUCGAUGUUUCUAUUCUCCAAAUUUCUAAGAGCAGCGAAGGAGAUGUUUUUGAAACCAUUGCUACGGCUGGCAUUCGGGACUUAGGAGGAGACGAUUUCGACCAAAAAAUAGUUGAUUAUGUGGUUCAGGAGAUUAAGAAAGAGCGAAAAGUUGAUUUAUUGUCCGAAGGAGAAACCGAAAAUGAUAGAAAGGUGGUUAAACAGCGGUUAAAAGAGGAAGCCGAAAAAGCCAAAAAAGUAUUAUCAAAUAGUUCAGAAGCUACGAUUUCUCUACCUUACAUUAUUCCACCAACCGGAGGCAGAUCACCCCAC